AUGGACGGCGCGCGCCAUGGAGGGAUCAGCUGCGCGACGGCAGCGCCCACUUCGUCCCGCACGCGCGCGUCGCCGGGAAGCCGACGCAACGGGGCACCGGACGACGCGUUCGCCCGCGAGCCCUCGUGCGGCGUGUGCGCCAAGUCGUUCAACAUAUUGCGGCGGCGACACCACUGUCGCUGCUGCCACAUUGCUGUGUGUAAAGAGUGUGGCUGCAAGGCGGUGGACCGCAAGAAGCCGGAGCGAGCGCGGCCGCAAUGGUACUGCCGGAGCUGUCUCGACACAGACGAGACGCUCGAGGUGACGGGCUCGAGGCAGAAACGACGGAGCUUUUCGUCGUCGACGGUGUCGGCGCUCGGCGCGACGUCGGCGCCGUCGCGACAUGUGACCAAUUUAACGAGCACGGCCAAGUUUUGUAUCGAAUGUGGCUACGAGUUGCCACUGCGGGUCAAGUUUUGUAUCGAGUGCGGUACAUCAGUGGCGCAACACGUGAUGUCGCCGGUGAGUAGUGGGACGGACGACGGCGGAGCUCGAGACGAUGGGGCUCGAGAUGAGGACCUGAAGCUGAGCGACUCACUGGGCUCGAGUCUCUCUGUCAUUGAUGAGGACAGCGGAUCGCCUACAGAGCCAACGGACGGAUCGGAAAAUGGCGCACCUGUGGAAGAAGAGGACAACGACGAUAAGGUGACGGACGAGAGAAGGACUGAGGAAGUGGAUGGAGACGCUGGUGAGGGUGACGAAAAGACAGAUGCAGAAAAGAGCGAGUACGAGGCACUUGUGGAGCAAUUGCAGGCUGAAAAUGAGAAGUUGCGCAAUCGCGUGGAGAAGUUCAAACGAAAGAUAUCGGAAUCUGAGCGUCGACAGCUGGAAAGAGAAAAGGAGCAUGCUCGCACAUUGUCAGAGGCUACAGCAGCGGCUGCAGCGGCUGCGAGAGCUCAUGCGAGCAAUGAAAGCGCACCGACACCAGCACAGGCAGCUCAGGAUGCGUCCAGUAGUGUAGUGGGAGCAGCGGCGAUUACCGAUGGGUUUGGAGUCGUUGCAAAAGAGCAUCCGGAUUAUCUGAAGUUUUUCAAGUUGCUGGCGAUGGGUCUACCUGCUGAACAGGUAAAGAUGAAGAUGGAGGCAUCAGGUGUUGACCCGUCGGUUCUCGAUGACCCAGAUGCUGUUAUUGGGGGUCCUAGCCCGAGCGCAAACGGCGCUUUCGCUACUGCUGCAGCAUCGAGUAGCAUCCUUGUCAAGGAUGAUGAACAGUGCGCCAAGUUCUUUAAGCUGUUGAAGAUGGGAAUGCCUGUUGAACAGGUCAAGCUGAAGAUGGCUGCAAGUGGUCUCGAUCCUGACCUUCUUGAUACGCCGGAUGCGCCAAUGCCAGGGUCUGGUAUCGCCGCAACGUCAGCUGCAGCUUCGAAUCAGGUGAUGACUGUAAAGGAAGAUCCGCUAUAUGAGAAGUAUUUCAAGUUGGUAUCGAUGGGAAUGCCCGCUGAGCAGGUAAAAGUGCGAAUGAGAGCCGCCGGUGUGAAUGCAGAUUUGCUUGACACGCCCGAUGCACCAUCUCCUAGCCAGAUAACACAUGGAAGUAAUGCUGGUUGUGGGCUUCUCGCCGGUCUUCCGCCUCCCACAGAGGCUGUGGAAGUCGACCCCUCAGCAUUGAAGAAGAGUUUGGCGUCUAAGUUGAUGAAAAACGCGGCCCCUGAAAAGCCCGAGGAGUCCCAGCUUCCGAAGAAAGAGACUGUGAAGCCGAACGUCGAGUUGCGUCCACUGUUCUGGACCCGUGUGCCUGUCAACGUUGUCAGUAGCACAGUAUGGAUGAAGCUGAACGAUUCGCGUGCCGAGCUAGAUUUUGGAGAGAUGGAGUGGAUGUUUCGCAAGAACCCGGUGGACGCGUCUAAAAAGCAGGAAGAUAAGAAAAAGGAGAUCGAGAAAGCGCUUGCCCAGCCGAAAGAAGUACUGCUUUUUGACCCGAAGAGACAGCAGAAUGUAUCGAUUGCCAUUGCUCGAUUCAAGCUCUCAUCCGAGGACAUAAAGCGCGCAAUUUACGCUCUGGAUGGCACGAAACUGGGUUCCGAAAUGCUGAAUGUAUUGAUAUCGAUUUCGCCGACCUUGGAAGAAAUAGAUAUGCUGAAGAAUUACGAUGGAGAUGCGGCGCUUCUUGGAAAUGUGGAGAAAUUCUUUCUGGAUCUUCUGACCAUCCCACGAUACACUCAGCGUAUCAAGUGUUUUCGAUACAAGCUACAGUUUGAGAGCCGCAUUCUGGAGACACAGGCCCAAUUAGAUACGCUGGUUGCUGCUACGGACCAAGUGGCCGAGAGUGACAAAUUUCGUCGUGUUCUGGAGCAUAUCUUAGCAAUCGGUAACUACUUGAAUGGCAGCACGCCUCGUGGCGGUGCCUAUGGAUUCAAGCUUGACACGCUUACAAAGCUACACACGCUGAAGUCUGUUGAUUCUCGAAUCACUUUGAUGCACUUUUUGUUGCGUCAGCUUGAAGAGAAAGCUCCGGACAUCAUCACGUUUGCCGGAGAGGUUCCUCACAUUGUCGAAGCCAAGAGACUGUCUCUUGAUCAAUUGCGUGCCGACUUGUCUUCUUACAAUACUGAGCUAGCAAUGCUGAAGGGGCAAGUGCGUGCUUCUAAGAAUGAUCAUAUCGACGGCGACAAAUUUUUCGAGGUGAUGAAUCCGUUUGCAAAGGACGCAGCAGAGGUACUUGAGGAGCUAGGUCGUGAUUUCAAUGGCCUCGAGACCACUUACCAAGACCUUGUGAGCUCUUUUGGCGAGGAUCCACGGAAAGUCGGUCCGAUGGAGUUUUUCUCGAUUCUGGAUGAAUUCGUGAGCGAGUUUAAAAAAGCGUAUCGCCAAAACCAGACGAAGGAAUUCGUUGCGAUCUACGAGGAAGCUGGUGCCGCGCGCGCUGUUGCUGACGCAGAAAAGAUUGAGCGACGACAAAGGGAAGCAGAGGAGCGCCGUCGGGAAGAGGAAGAGCGACAAGAAAACUCGGCGGAGACCAAGGCAAUUUAUGCUGAUAUUGUGUCCAUGAUUACCACAUGGGCUGAAAAGCAUUCGUUUGGCAACGAAGAUGCAGUGAUCGAGCAGUUCAAGAACAUAUCACGAAAGUUCGGUAUAAAUGAGUUUUCAGCCGAUGAAUUCUGUGACCAGGUGCGACAGUGUGUGGGAUUGAAAUGUGCAAGCAAAAUCAUCCCGAACAGUGCCAAGCUGCUUUGUGACGAAGGGAAGCGCACGGCAUUGUUGGAAGCCUUCGCACGCUUUAAAGAGCAAGUGAAGAAAGAAAAAGAGUCGAAAAAGCAGCAGCGCAGCUCAUUAGUGUCACCACCAUCCGCAGGGCGCGAGAGAGCGGGGUCUUCCUCGGCAGGUCGUAGGCGCAAGAAGGUGGGCUCGCUUCCAAUCAAAGAUGUUGAGCCUGUUGUCGGCGAAGAGGCACAAUUGUUGCACCGAUCUAUUUUGGAAGCAGUGCUGGCAGCAUUUGGUGGCGAUUCGAAGAAAAUGAAGACAUUCACGUCGCAUACCCGGAAGUACGGCAACGAGCAGAUCACGGCCCACGAGUUUUACCAAUAUUUAAUGGACUCUUUCGAACCCGACUUCGUUGGCCGUCUAGUGCCGGAUCUCGCGCGCCUGCUGCAGGAUUCGGACAAACGGCACGCGCUGAUUCGCGCGCUUUGUGAGAGCGCACCGGGCUGGGCAAAGUUUGCAGGUUUAUAA